CCGCAUGUGUGCGUGCUGCUGUGCUGGCUAAAAUAUUUGUAAGGAAGCGGUGGAGUGGAGCAGGUACAGUAUCGUGCUCAGCUGCUGCCUGCUUAUCCCGAUCUCGUCCGUACCUUUGGUCCGAAAGAGGGUGUAACCGUGUGACACAAUUCCUACCCAGAAAGAACAAAUGAAAGGCUUGCGGACCGAUGGCGAAUGGCUGCAGCAGAAGAUGAAGAAGAAGGUGUGCGCCAUCGGAGCCGGCAUGGCGGGGCUGGCGGCGGCCCGCGAGCUGCGCCGGGAGGGCCACGAGGUGACGGUGCUGGAGCAGAGCGGCGAUGUCGGUGGCCAGUGGCUCUACGACCCUGCCACCGACGAAGCCGACCCUCUGGGCGCUCUGGGGCCUGUCAAGGUGCACAGCAGCAUGUACGCUUCUGUCCGGCUCAUCAGCCCCAGGGAGACCACGGGCUUCACCGACUUUCCGUUUGCGACCAUGGACGGCCGCGACAAUCGGCGCUUCCCGGGCCACCGGGAGGUGUACCUGUACCUCAAGGACUUCUGCGACGCGUUCGGGCUCAUGGACGCCGUCAGGCUCAACACCAAGGUCCUGCGCGUGGCCAUGACGCCGUCGCGCCGCCAAUGGACGGUGAGAUCCGUAGGACUCACUGACGCUGAUGACAAGAAGGAGGAGGUGUUCGAUGCCGUCGUCGUGGCCACCGGGCACUACUCGCAGCCAAGAUUUCCAACCAUCCAAGUAGGCAUGGAGAAAUGGAGGGGAAGGCAGAUGCACGGCCACUCGUACAGGGAGGCAGAGCCGUUCCGCGGGCAAGUGGUGGUGGUGGUGGGAACCGGGGAGAGUGGCAAGGACAUCACCAUGGAACUCCGCGACGUGGCCAAGGAGGUGCACAUCGUGGCCAGGUCCAUGGAGGACGUCACCCCAGGGCUGUCCAAGGUGCUCGCCAAGUACAGCACCAACCUGCACCUAAAGCUCAACCUGGAGCGCCUGUGCGAGGAAGGGCGGGUGGUGUUCGGCGACGGCUCCGUCGUCGUCGCCGACGCCGUCAUCUACUGCACGGGGUACAACUACUCGUUCCCGUUCCUGGACACGGCCGGGGCGGUCACCAUCGACGACAACCGCGUCGGCCCGCUGUUCGAGCACGUGUUCCCGCCCUCCCUGGCGCCCUCGCUCUCCUUCGUCGGCAUACCCAGGAAGGUGUUUGCGCCUCGGUUCUUCGAGACGCAGGGGAGAUGGGUGGCGCAGGUGCUGUCCGGCAAGAGGACGCUGCCGACGGAGGAGGAGAUGCUGCGGUCCGUCGAGGAGUUUUACCGCGCCAGGGAGAGCGCCGGUGUGCCCAAGAAGUACACCCACGAAAUCGGCGGCCAUGACCGCACGUACAUGGAUGAGUUCGGGGAAAAGUAUUGCGACUUCCCUCGCUUGGAGAGAUGGAAGUACGAGCUGCUGGUGUCGUCAGUGACCAACAUGAUCGACAACUUCGAGACCUUCCGCGAUGACUACCAGGACAGCGACUCCAUCCUCAAGGGUGUGCAGGAAUGGCAAUUAUCAGCACGACACAGAGCUGCUGCUCGUACAUCUACAGCAGUCACCGGUCUCCUUGAAGAAUCCAGGACAGUGAUCACUGAUAUGCAGCAGCUUUCCGUAAUAAGUCCAGGAUAAUACAUGGCGUGCCUUCACCGCACAAAAUAGUGCCUGACAUGCAUGCAUCCAUGUGUGGGCUGGCAGUAAAGUGGUCGGCAAAAGAUGGCACAGCUUAAUGGGAAAAUUGCGAUCAGCGUGCGAGCAACAGGACCCCGAAGCCGCGCGCUGUCGCUUCGGGAUCGUGGUUUCCGGGUCCACCUUCUUGUAUUUUAUUUCUAGUGGCCCAUCAAGUACUUGGCGUUCGUUUUGUACUCGGUAUUUCCGCUCACCACGGUUCUCAGAUUUUUACUCCGUGCUUGGCGUUCGUUUUA